GUUUUUUAUUCAAUUGUAAAUUGUAAUAGCUAAGUACCUAACUAAUUGUAUUACUAUUUACUAGUUACUACUAUUACUAUAUUAAAGUGAAUACAAUAUUUAAAAAAAUAUAUUUUUAUUUAUCCUUUAAACUAAACAUUUCAUAUUGUGGUAUAUAUUUACGUUGCCUAUUGUAAUUGCAUAAAAUACAAUAAUAUAAUAAAUUUAAUGAACGUUUUAGGCAUAUAUUAAUACAAUCAAGAAUUUAAAGGUUUUAUUAAUUCAUUUUGAACUUAUUUUGUUAAAACUUAUAAGUAUAAAGUGUAAUUGAUACAACUAAGAUGAGUAGUAAUCCUAAAGUAAAUAUGAGUAUUCAAGCAGCUAAAAAGGUAAAUGGUUUAGCAGAUCCAACUAAACCAUUUUCUUCAUUUAUGAAAUAUAAUAAAAACGAUCUUGAUAUGACAAUGCAAUUUAUAAAAGCACCUGCCAUGAAUACUUUCCUCAAAGCUAAGGUAUUUUCUAUGGUUAAAGACAAUAUGAUGGAAACAUAUAAGAAGUGUCCUUGGGGAUGGAAUGGGAAAGAUAAACGUGCAGAGUUGUUCCACAAAGACUCUAGAUAUAUUUUAGUUCGGCAUUCAAGUAAUAACUCUAUAGCAGCUUUUGUGCAUUUUCGAUUUGAUAUAGAAAAUUUGAUUGAAGUUUUGUAUUUAUAUGAAAUUCAAAUUGAUAAAGAUGUGCGAGGUAAAGGUCUUGGAAGAUAUCUCAUGAGCCUUUUGGAAACUAUAGCAUUUCACUACAAGAUGAAACGUAUUGUUUUAACAGUGCUUAAAAGUGAAGAAGAUGUAGUAAAAUUCUAUUUCUCACUUCAAUAUGAAAUUGAAUCAUAUUCUCCAGAAGACGCAUUUUAUUAUAUACUUAGUAAAAAAAAAAAAACUUUAGAACUUGUAAAGAACAAAUAAAUUUGUUACAGGUUUAUUCUAAAUCUAUAACAAUAAUAAUUUUAAAAUCUUUGUAUUCACAUAUUUUAAUUUAUAUUAUAUGAAUUUAAUACUUCUGGUUACAUUAUUUGUAUCGUUAUUGCUACAGUUUAAAGUUCAUAAUUUUAUUAUGAAAUAAUAUACAAUUUGUAUAGUAAAAUUAUAUUUAUAGUA